GCUUUGACGUAGCCGAAGACGUUCCGGGGGAUCCAUGACAGUACAUUACACGGUCCCAUGCCUACAAGUACAGCAGCUGACGAGUUUGGGUGGUUGUUUUUUUUUUUUCUAUCGAAGCUACCAUCGCAUUGUCGGCAGAGCAACGAAGCCGAAAUAAGCAGUAAAGCGGAAAGCAUAUCCGGACACCUUGGUUCUCAACUGAGACUGUUUUGUUUGUUUCCCCCACCCCCCUUAUUUAACGGAAAUGGUGGCAUGCCAAAGACAUUUUUCCAGCGGUAGCGAAACGAGCCGCGGGGCGGCGAAGAGCAAGCAUCAUCCUUCUGAUCCUUCCGGUCCCAGCACCUCUGCACCCUGUAAAUUUCAAGGUAUCGACUCAGGACACACGCAUAGGUAACUAUGCCUGUGGAGCCUGUACGCCAUGACUGCAUAGAUGAUUUGGUGUUCAAGAUCUCGCAAGCAAAGAACUCCUCCAGAAGCUCCUGAUCGCUGGUUUUUAAGGGCAUCAACUUGCGUCUGGUUGCACUUCCUUGCUUCUGCAGUUGCUCAGCACUUGCUCACCUCCUCCACGAGAGGCAGGAUGUUGGUAACUUUUGCAGAACUCUGACCUUACUGAAAGAAAAGGCACCACGUUUUCUAACUUUACAUAAUCGACUGCACAUCAAAGGUCUUUGGCCUUUUGAAAGGCACCUCUACCACCACCACCCCCCCGCCCCAUCCCUCUUUCAUCCUCGCCCAGUACCAUGCUGGGUGCACUCUUUCUGCGGAGGAACAUGUCCCAGAAGCUGAGUGUGCUGCUGCUGGUAUUCGGGUUGGCGUGGGGACUGAUGCUGCUGCGCUACACCGUGCAGCAGCCUCGCCAUCAGAGCAGCGCCGAGCUGCGCGAGCAGAUCCUGGAGCUCAGCCGGCGAUACGUCAAGGUCCUGACGGAGGAGAACCAGAACGCGCCGGGGGGGCCACAGGGAACGUCCAUGGCAGGAUAUGCUGACCUGAAAAGGACCAUAGCUGUGUUGCUGGAUGACAUUCUGACACGGCUGGUCAAACUGGAGGGGAAAAUCGAACUGGUGGCAAAUUCCUCUUUAACAAACACAUCCCAUGCAGCAGCUGCAGCGCCAGCGGGGCUUCCCGCUGGCCUGCGGAAAGCUUCAAAGCAGGAGUCACCGGGGAGCCAUCCUGGGAUGUCGCGUCUUCAUCCACACGUCCCCAAAAGACCUCGACCACUUUAAGAAGCCUCCCCCUCCGUCACUGCUCACUGGUGUAUCGGCACCAAGUGAUCGAGUAGCAAUAGAGAUAUUCAUGGAUAUCCGAAAUCCUAAAUUGCUGGAUGUGAAAAUUCAGCCCAGUUGGAGAAAGAAAUGAUGGACUUCUUUAUUGUCCUGCAUUUCCUGCUACAUCGAGACUGAUCUGUUCAUAUUUUAUAUUUGCAUUGCAAACAUUCUUUUUUGCCUUCAUUUCUUCUUCUUUUUUUUUUUUUUAGGGGGUUUUCUCUUAACCCUGCAGCUUUUGAGCUUUUUGACUGUUAAAGUAAAUGCAGAGAAACCAAAACAAACAAGCUGAACAUUUAAUUAGAAAUCUGACAGCCUUAUCUUAAAUAGAUUCACAAGACAAAAUACUGAGCUCAACCUUACACUCAUAAUAAUAAUGAAUGGCUAUAUGUUAGAGUUUUUAGGAGGGACCGGUAAAUAAGAUUGUUAUUUUAGCCUGUGAUUGUUAAACCUAAAUAAAGUUUGCUCUUAAGAGAUAAUCCAAAGAAUAUUUUUUUAGCACUUCAGACAAGGCAAUAUAAAUGUGUGUGUUUUGCAGUGAGAGUUGGUGCGGAAAGUCCGACCGCCGUAAGCAUCUGUCCCCGAGUGUGUGGGCUUUCCGUAUCUGUUGAAACCUAAUGAAUCCCAUGUGCCGUUUAGAGCUGUUUGAAUUGAGGUAAUGAAGAACAUUGAAUGUACUGCGCCGUCGGUAGAUCUGUAUCGUUCAGGAUUCGUGUUGCACUGUGAUUAUAGAGACUGUCUCAAUACACUAGGCUCAUCUCACUUGUGCUUUAGAAAUGUUUAAAGGGGAGAGGAAUAUCCUGGAAUGUUUGUUCCAGUUUUUCUCCUUUAGUUGCUUUCUGUAUUGCUAAUAAACUGGUGAAAUACCUCACCAGUUCACUCAUUUGGAGUUUUUUUUUUUUUUUUUUGAGCACUUAAAUUGAGGCUAUUUGGGGAGUUUUGUGUGACAAAGUCAAUGUGGAUCAAGAAAACACUAUAAUUAAAAAAGGCUUUGCUUCAUUUUGUUGCUUGGAAAUUUACAACUGAGCUAAAGAGGCUUGAAUUACCAAGUGGUGCUUUGACGAUAAUGCUGUGAUUGCUUCAUAAUCUUAAAGUGGUAUAUUAGAUCAGCCAGCCACUUUGAGAACAAUUUCCUUGUAAUUUGAUAGGAAUCAAGUGUUUCCUAUUUUGAAUCAGUUCUGGGUCAAAUUUUGUUUCAGAAGGCAAUUAAAGUACUAAUAUACCAA